UGGAAUUGUUUUCCCGAGAUUGAGGGGUGGAAUCUGGUUAUUAUAUUCUGUUCUAAACCUCGCCCUAACCGCUGCCUUUAGUGUCGCUAUCCAUCUGUUCACUUUACUCUCUUCUAAACAUAUAUAUACUCGCCACCACUUAAACUAGCUUAACUAUGAACAUCGACGAAACAAUUUGCUACAUCACCGGGAACCUCUUUGAGCUCGACGAUGUAAAAGCGAGCUCGAACUUCAACAACCUUGGCCUUGACCAGGGCAAUAUCACUCAGCUGAUCGAGCACUUGAAUGAUUCGCUAGAUCUUGAUAUCCCGCUUGAUAAGGCGAAGGAUUUCAACAGCGUUGGUGACUUGGCAGGUUAUAUUGAGGAGGAGUAUGAGGAAGAAGACGAUGAGGGGCGGCCGAGCGAUUAGGAUCUUGGGUUACUUAUGACAGGAAGCAGGUGGAUUGAAUUGUUUACGUUGGUUAUGAAGGAUCUACUUAACGAAUAAUAGGGCAUGAUUUGGAUGGC